AUGAGUCGUCGAGCACCAACUGCAUGGCACCAGGCUGUGCGUUUAUUAGCCCUGAGGGCAAAUCAAUGGCGAGAGGUAGAAACUCGACGACGAAUCUGCGAAAUUGCUUGGCGCAAUCUUCCGAAGGCUAAAAUCGAAACACAGCGUCUAGGAAUAUCUACGGCCCUGAAAAAUAUCUGUGUUGUAUUGGAUGCAAAUAUGAACAAUGACUUCAAAGACUUACCCAAGCGAUUUCAUCUCGAGUCCGUCGACUACUGGUUACGUCGCUUUGAAGACAACGUCAGUUUUCUACACCUAAGCAUUCAUACAAAAUGGCGACCAGGGCUCGUCAUGGAAUAG